AUGCUGCGAUCGUACUUACAUUCGGACAGUUCUAAUCAUCACCUGAAACUUCGCCUUCUUACUCACUAUCAUCUUACACUUCGCCUACUUGUUCGGUGGUUGUCUGUGCCCAUUCCCAUGGCCCAGUCACUGUCGAAUGCACUGUCAGUCGAGGACAAUGAAGUAAACGUACGCGAGCGGGACGACAAGGUGCCCGGGCUCUCAGUAGCUGUAGAACUAAGCCUGGCAAGUGAAGCGGCAGAUGAGGUGUAUGCGCAGAUAGCUAACGGCACCCAGGCUAUGGUUGAUCUGUCUAUACGAAAGGCCAACCACACCAACGACACUGUAUACAACAAGGGCAUAGAUGAUAUAUGUACCUUUGCCGAGCCCUGCUUUCAGCACGGCGUGUGUGAACUGGACGGACCCAACCUGUACUCGUGCGAGUGCUUCAGCUCGGUUGACGAGGAUGAACCGUUGUUUACGGGUGACAACUGUGCAUUUACCUACACGUUGUUUGUAGACGAGUCCUUCAGCAAGCGAGGCGAGGGCUAUGAAUACGAUCCCUUAAUGUUUGAGAACGAAUUGGGCGUGGCCAUAGACCGGCAGGGCAUGGAUGAUAUCACCGUCAUCAGCGAAGUCAGUCGCCUGCCGUACAUCCAGCUAGAGCUGUCCACGUCCACUGCAGAAACCCUGUCCGAUCAGAUUGCCCUGGGUUCCUUAGACAUCACCAUUCUAGGCAUCAUCUCCGCUGAGCAGGCGUCUGAUAUCGCGGGGGUGCCGUCGGUGGUCUUCUAUAACGGGGCCUUGGGAGACAACGGAUCAGAUGAUGCCGACAAUCCCGACACUGCCGAAGAGCCUGAGUCGGAUUCCGACCAAUCCGACAACUCCACCGACAGCUCAGUGCAGCAGUCAGAUGCCAUGGACACCUGGGUCAUUGUACUGCUUGCCGUGGGGACUACUAUGGUGGUGCUGUUUGUGUGCGCUGGGCUGUUUCUGUGGUAUCGGCGCAAAUGGUACGGCAAAGCGACACGCCCUGCACGGAUUAGUUCGUCUCUGCCCAGGAAUGUCAACGGCUCGUCAUUCACGCCCGAAGCAGCAAGAAUGACGCACAUGUCAUCUACUCAUAGUGACAGGAAUCCGUCGCUAGUAGUCAGCGUGACCGAUGCCAAACGAUUGGAGAAUCACCCCAAAGUCAAGCACACUAUAGCCAGUGAACCCACCGACGAACCUCGUCUGAGCAACCACUCCGCUGCAAGGCCUCUCCCUCCGAUGAGCCCCUGGAUGAA